AUGAGGUUCCUCCUCCUUCUGUCCAACACCAUCGUGUCCGCCGCGAUCGGCCUGUCUGCAACAACCACAACACUCUUUCUCAAUUCCCAAGAAGCAUCUCUUCUCAGUCAAAGAUCGACAAACGACACCGACACCGCGCCCCUCGUCAUUCGCGGUGACACAAUGGAAGUCGGGUCGCCUUGCCCUGAGCUCGAGGGUGAAUGGAAUUGCAUGGUCACUUCCUUCCAGCGAUGCGCCUCGGGCCGGUGGAGCAUUGUGCUCAACACCGCUCACGGCACCGUUUGCGAGCCUGAGGGCUUCUCCCACGACUUCCAGCCCGCUUUUGCCAGCUGGUAUCCACCAACGGACACGACCGAGGCGAUCGUGUGUACAGCCACGGUCACAGCGCCCAGUGUCUCGACAGAUACGACUCGCCCGGGCGGUUCUAUUGGGGCAUCGCCCUCAGAUGCAGCGCCACACCCCGUGGUUUGGGCCGUGGUCUUUGGCUUGGGGAGUAUGGCUCUGCUUUUCUUGGCCAUGUAA